AUGGAGGACCGCGCGUCGGCAUUGGCCAAGCAACUCGUUCAGCUGCCGCGUUCGGAUGCCGCAGCUGCGGUGGAUGACGUUGCCGCACGCUCUUUUGAUAUGCUUGCGGAAGUCGUGAACGACGUUCAUACCACGUACGCAGCUAACGAGCGGAGCUUCCAGUGUUUGUGCCAGAUGCUGCGGAUGGGAUCCACCAGCGAUGAAGCGCUGUUCCAAAUCACUGGGUACGAGCUGAAGGCGCGUUUAGUUGCAGCUUUAGUGGACUCGAACUGGAGCUCACGAUACGCAGCGAUUUUCCUCGAAACAAGCGUCCUGCCUAAAAUCCGCGCAGCGGAUUCCGUCAUCUCUCGAGUGCUUCUGCAGACUGCUCUUCGCUUUGGGUCGGCCUAUGCUGGGACGCUCAUUGACUCGCUUCUGCUUCCGCUGCUCAUUGGCAGCAAAAACAAUGACCCUGAUAAUGUCUUUGGUCCAGCUCAAGCUGAAGCGAUAACACGAAUUCUGCGCAGCCCUGACACAGUGCCUAAAGAUCAGCUGGACGGAUUUAUCCAGAGAAGUUUGGCCGGCGACCACAGCAACUCACCUCAAUUGCUAUCGAACGAAUCGGUGCUGCUUGUAUUCCAGAAUAUUUUCAACACCAAGCCAGUGUUGUCGCCUCUUACGGUGGAGCGCUUUGUUGGAGCAUGCGAGGCCGUCCUGGAGCGCUCUGAAGGUGAACAACUAAAAGGUUCACUCAAGUUCGCCACUGUCAUCUUCACACUCCUUUCGAAGUACCCACAGCGAUGCGCCGGUCAUCUGGAGACCCUGGAAGCUGUUGCCAAUCAACUGACAUCCAUUAUGGCGAAGACAAUAGUGCGCUCGCUGCAGAAGCUCAAGGCAAACAAGUAA